AUGGACAGAACACGCCCCGUAACUGAUCCGAGACCAAUACAAUCAUCGGAUCUGGAUCAGCCAACGCCUUGUCUUCGGCUCACCCCUGCGCAGUUGUAUAGCAAUUUACCUUUGGGAGAUAAUCGCACCAUUCGGCUCCUCGACCUGAAUGAUCUGCCCUCCAAGUCAGAUAAUGACGAAACGCCAUUGUCAGGAACUCUCCGAGUGGUAUCCCUGGCGACGAAGCCACGCUUCACAGCUCUCUCCUAUGUCUGGGGUACUUUUUCAAUACCUCAUGCGGAUACAUUGGAGUUACGACAUAGCGUCGGACAGGACAUCAAGUUAGGAAUAUCCACUAACUGCCGCGAUGCCCUGCGCGCUCUCCGCCGGAGGUAUGGCGGCUUGCGUAUCUGGGUUGAUGCAAUAUGCAUCAACCAAGACGACGAGGCCGAGAGAUCGUCCCAGAUCAACUUGAUGGAAGAUAUCUACUCAUGGGCCACCGUCGUCUACGCGUGGCUGGGUCCUAGUACCGAUGCUUCUGAUAGGGUAAUGGAUUGGGCUCGCCAACUUGCAAAACACGAUUUUCUCAAUGUUGCUUUUGCUACAUGCCCCCCUACUAGGAGAAACCAGUUAAAAUACAGCUCUAUAGCUAUGUAUCAUAUGGCGGCCUACUUUUCACGUGUGAUGGUAGAUAUCUGCGUGAGGUGGAUUAGGCUACUGGCAGCUCUUGGAAAGAUGAUUGUAUACCGCAGGCGACCUAUACUUGACAAUGUCUUCUCAAAUCUCGUUGUAGCGGGGAACUGUAGGUUGAGAUUGGAUGUCAAGUUAGAGAUAGAAGAUUUGCGGGAUUUAUCGAAUCGCGAAUGGUUCCGAAGAGCUUGGACCUUCCAAGAGGUUGUUCUUUCUUCCAACGUCAUCCUCAUUUGUGGAUGUAACCACGUCGAAUGGACGAAGAUUGUCACUGCUUUUAGGAUAGGUACCAUCAAUGAUGGGCUCGGUACGUUUGGUCCUCGGAAACGCUCUGCUCCUAUGUCCAAGGUUUCGCCCUUACCAAUACACGACCUAGCGAGAGUUUGGGCAUAUACCGAAAGGCCUACGACGUGGAACGACCGAUAUCUCUUUGUGGUCGCUUGGCUUGCUUAUGGGGAGAUAUAUUGGGACAUAUAUUCUACCUGGGCUUCGCUAGUUAUGAAACUUAGGAUCAACACCGAAAGCACAAGAAACACGUACCUCGCGGGCGUAUUCCGAGCAAUUCGCGCACGACAGGCUUCCAACGCAAAAGACCGUUCUUACGCCGCAUACGGUGUUCUCCAGCGUCUAGGUGUCCAAAAUCUCUCCCAGCCAGAAUACUCGAAACAAUUAGGCCAAGUGUAUCAAGAACUCGCCAGAGAUCUAUUGAAAUGGAGUCCUCAGGCAAUAUGCUUGCUUGUAGAUGCAGGCACUUGCUCAUAUAUUAACCGCCCGUCAUGGAUCCCGGACUGGAGAAUCGCUGCGGAGAGGCAAUGGAUUCACUCCGACUACAUCAUAAACCCCGUUGAACCUGUGGCCACUCCGAUCCCACAGGCUUGGAUCGAAUUUCGAGGGAAUAAUAAACUCGUCGUUAAGGGCGUCCGAAAUGGUGCGAUUAAGUUCAAUUCACGGCCGUUUCAUAAAAUCGGGACACAUCAAGCGCACCCGCAUAGCUCUGUCGACAUCGAGGCUGCAACAUCCAUACUUAAACGUUGGCUCAAAUAUCUCAUUAGAGACUCGACGACACAUGAAGAUUACCAACCACUUUCUAAAGCAGCUGCGAGAAUACUAACCACCGAUAUUGAUUCUAAGCCCGACUUAGACCUUACCGGAGAAGACUUCUUUACCUGGUACAAAGUGUUGAUUAAUGACAAGGUAAAUCUUCAAGGACACACUGGCAACAUUUACGACUCUCAUCCUCAAGGUGAUGUCGCUAAGGCCUUGACCGUAAAAAUAUACAACCACCUUGCAGGGCGGAGGAACCUUUUCACCACCACAAAUGGCCUUGCUGGCUCGGGGCCAGAGGGGAUGAACCCUGGAGACAUCGUCAUGCUUAUCGCAGGAAUUCACGUACCGAUGAUUUUACGUCGUGUGGCCGAUGACGGUAGCGGGACGAACAGCAAUCCCGCUUACCGUAUCAUCGGGCCUGCAUACGUUUACGGACCUAUGAAAAGGGGGUUUAAAGAGUGUGCGGAAAAAAUCACUCUGGUAUAA